AUGGAAGCAGCUUCCAAGUCUCCCCGAAUUAUCUGCUACCACCAAACCCACUAUCAUGACGGGAAAUUCGUGUCCAUACUACCGCUCAUACUAAAAAAGACCGGUGUAACCCACGUCGUCAUAGCCGCGAUCCACAUCAACCAACCGGACUCCAAAGAGGGCUUCAUCGCCCUGAACGACGACCCCUACGAUGCGCCCAAAAACGAUCAGCUAUGGGCAGAAGUCCGGCUGCUACAAAAUGCUGGCGUCCGCGUGCUCGGGAUGCUAGGCGGUGCUGCUCAAGGCUCCUUCACCAAGCUCGACGGCGACCUGGCCACAUUUGACAAGUACUACGAGCCGCUGCGGCAGAUGAUCCUGUGGACGGGUCUUGACGGCCUCGACCUCGACGUCGAAGAAGCGAUGUCACUGGGCGGUAUAAUCAGGCUGGUCGACCGACUGAAGACGGACCUUGGUCCUGGAUUCCUUGUUACGCUUGCGCCUGUGGCGACGGCCAUGCAGAAUAAGCAGAACCUCUCAGGCUUCGACCACGAGACGCUGGAGAAAGGGCUUGGGGGCAAGAUUGCUUGGUAUAACACGCAGUUCUAUUGUGGAUGGGGUGACAUGGCGAAAACAGAGGGCUAUGAGCAGAUUGUGAUGCGCGGUUGGCCGGCUGAAAAGGUCGUGGUCGGCUUGGUCACGAAUCCCGGUAAUGGGGCGGGUUGGGUGUCGGAUGAACCGUUGCGUAAGACGCUGACGGCAUUGAUGAAGAAGUAUCCGGGAUUUGGGGGAGUCAUGGGCUGGGAGUACUUUAAUUCGGUCACUGCGGCGCAUCCAGAAUUUGGCGAGCCUUGGGUAUGGGUACAGUUGAUGAGAGACAUCUUGAAACCGUCCAGCUGA